UCCCAAACUAUAAAAUUAAAAACAUCGUCAUAUUGAAUACCUCAAUCUAAUGGUCUCUUUAUAGACCACAAAUUGCUUAUGUUGAAGUCUUCCUCACGAGAAACCCCAUGAAAAAUCCACACUUUUUUUCACCUUAAUCAUCCAAGUUGAUAACCACCACCUACACAAGUUCUUUUUUUCACAUUUCUCGUGAACCAUCCCAUGUUUGACAAUCAAUAAAAAUGCACGUAAAGAAAAAGCUUAUUAUAGCAAAUAAAUAUUUCAUCCACUCAUCGCUAACAACAGAGGGGGGCAAAAUGAAUGUAGGAUCAAAUCCUCUAGGAAACCACCUUGUUGACAUACAUGAAGAGGAAGAAGACAAGGAAGAAAACAGUAACGUUUCGACGGUGGCUGAUAAACCGGAUACACGAUUCAACAGGCCUACCAAAAAUAGAGAAAUAAAAAGGCCUCAAAGGAAGUUCAGCAGGCAAGUUUCACUAGAGACAGGGUUCUCUGUACUCAAUGGAGAGACAUCUAAAGAUAAAAAUGAGAAAAAAGUACUUGGAAGAAGUGGGAAGAGUUUUGGAGGAUUUGAUGUCAAUGGAUCAACUGGUCUUGAAGCAAGAAAUAAAGGGGAUUUCAACAUGUUCAGGACUAAAUCUACUAUUGCUAGGCAAUCCUCAAAAAUACCACUUAGAAAAGAAAGUGGAAUUGAACUUCAGAAUAAUAAUGUUAAAGGAGGACUUGAUGAUCAUGUCAAGAAGAGUGUCCCUGCUGGAAGAUACUUUGCUGCACUUACAGGACCUGAACUUGAUCAAGUCAAGGAUUCCGAGGACAUUCUUCUUCCAAAAGAUGAAAAAUGGCCUUUUCUACUCAGGUUCCCAAUUGGUUGCUUUGGUAUCUGCCUAGGCCUUAGUAGUCAAGCCAUCCUCUGGCGUUCUCUUGCUCUGAGUCCUGCCACCAAAUUCCUCCAUGUUCCACUUUUUAUUAACUUUGGGGUUUGGCUGUUAGCCGUAGCGAUUCUGGUUGCAGUCUUCAUAACCUACAUGUUCAAAUGUGCACUUUACUUUGAAGCGAUAAAGAGAGAAUACUUUCACCCAGUGAGGGUCAACUUCUUUUGUGCUCCGUGGAUUGUCUGCAUGUUUUUAGCCAUAGGUGCACCACCUAAAACAAUACCAGGAACUCUUCACCCUGCCAUCUGGUGUGUCUUCAUGGCCCCAAUCUUCUUCCUCAAUCUCAAAAUAUAUGGCCAAUGGCUUUCGGGUGGGAAAAGGCGUCUUUGUAAAGUAGCUAAUCCGUCUUCUCAUCUCUCUGUCAUCGGGAAUUUCGUGGGAGCCAUUUUGGCUGCUAAAGUGGGAUGGAAGGAGCCUGGCAAGUUCUUGUGGUCUAUUGGCUUUGCACAUUACCUUGUGGUGUUUGUCACAUUAUAUCAAAGGUUGCCAACUAGCGAAGCGUUGCCUAAGGAACUGCACCCUGUUUAUUCCAUGUUCAUUGCAACUCCAGCUGCAGCCAGCCUUGCUUGGGGUGCUAUUUAUGAUGAAUUUGAUGGCUCGGCAAGGACCUGCUACUUCAUUUCAUUAUUUCUCUACUUAUCGUUGGUCGUACGUCCCAACUUCUUCACAGGAUUCAGAUUUUCAGUUGCAUGGUGGUCAUAUACUUUUCCAAUGACCACAGUUUCAAUAGCAACUAUAAGGUAUGCAGAGGAGGUUCCUUCUUUCAUAACCAAGGCUCUGGCUUUGGCCCUUUCGUUCAUGUCAACAACAAUGGUUUGCAUAUUAUUCGUCUCCACCCUUCUGCAUGCUUUUGUUUGGAAAACCUUGUUUCCCAAUGAUCUUGCCAUUGCCAUCAUAACAAAGAAAAGAUACAGCAAGGAUAAAAAGCCUUUGAUGAGGCGUUGGACAAAACAGUCGCCUCUUUCAUUUGUCACAUCAAUAGGGAAACAUAACUCAGGAGACAAAGAGUGCGCCUCUGAUGAGGAGAAAUGAUUGCAAAUGAAAGAAAGAGGAACAAAGUAGAAUAUGGUACUGGCAGCAAUAUAUAAUCAAGCAAUUAGUCCUGAAGGCAAGCAAGAGGAACAAAGUCAUUGCUGCACUGGAGAUGAGCAACUUCAAAUGCAGUGACCAGAAAAGAGCAAACAAUUAUUUAUAGGUCUAAGUAGCCUUUCCUAUUCUUGUAGCCAAUAUAGUCGGAAUGUAAUCACUUCUGUCUGAACUAUGACAUUAGCCAAAAAAGAGCAUUCCAUUAAAUUUGUAAUUUCA